GGAGACCCGUCUGUGACAAACUGAGGCCAAGGCCACACACCCGCAAUACCAGUGCUUGCCAAAAACCGCUCAGCUGCUUGCUGACAAGUGAUAAGCUUCUCGGUCCAUUAAUUGGUCGACCUGCGUCUGGUGAAGAUGGGGAGGGCGAACUGCUCGGUUCCUCUCCUCCUGGUGCUGCUGGCCUUCCUCUCCUGCUCCUUCCUCGCCCACGCGGCGGUGGCCGGGGCCGGCGGCAACCGCAAGAUGUUCCUGCCGAGGGAGGGAGCGGCAGCCGCCGCCGUGUCCGACGAUGGUGGGCAGGCGACGCCGACGACGGCGGAGGAGGUGGCGGUCGGAGGAGAGAUGCAUCUACUGCUGAGGGACGACGAGGAGAUGUUGGCCAGGAGGGUGGACCUGCAGACAGAGGACUACCCGGGGUCCGGGGCCAACGGCCGCCAUGAUCCACGAAACCCGCAUUAAGAGUUAUUAUGUCGUGCUGCAUGUACGAUAAGUGCAUGUAAUUAACCGCAUGUUUAGUUACCCCCACAAUCAUGCAUAAUUAAGCAUAUCAGCACCAUGUAGCUAAGCAUCAUGAUCUUAAUGUAAUUUGCUAGUUUAUGCAUCUUUGGUUGAUAA